AUGGAGGGGAAUCAGCGCCAAGCUAGAGCUAUUGGCACCUAUGAUCAACCCAAUAUACAUGGGAGUAGGCUGGGUAUCAGGGCACCAGUUGUGGAGAACAACAACUUUGAGAUCAAAUCCAGCUUGAUCAACAUGAUAGAGAACAACAAGUAUCAUGCUCACACAUGGGAGAAGAACCUUCCAAGUGACUCUAUCACCACUUGGAAUGAAUGCAAGACAGCCUUCCUCAACAAGUUCUUCUCUAGCUCAAGGACUGCCAAGCUUAGGAAUGAGAUCUCUGGGUUUCAACGCUACUGGUCUCAAUGCCCACAUCAUGGUUUCACCAAGGAGAGUCUGCUCAGUACCUUCUAUAGAGGAGUUUUACCUAAGUUCAGAAGCCAGAUGGAUACUGCUAGCAAUGAGUUCUUCUUGGGGAGAACUGAAGAAGAUCCUGAGAAACUUGUAGAGAACAUGGAUCAGAGUGAUUCAGUCUACAAUGAUGAGCAUGAUAGAAGCAGCAAAGGCAGUGGAAGAGAUGAUCAGAACACAAGGAAAGAGUUGAAGGCUCUACAAGACAAGUUUGAUAAGCUUCUCUCAGAUAGAGCUAAACAAGAGAAGGUGAACUCUGUUGGUGAGCAGAAACAAGAGGGGAUUGUUGUGGUAAGUGAAGUUGAUGGUCUAGAAGGUCAGGAAGAAUUGUGCUUUGUGAAUGCUAAUGGGACAUGGUACAAAAAGGAGCCUAAUUUUCAGUACAACAACUACCAACAAAAGCCCUUCUACAACAACCAACAAGGUGGUUACCAAGCUAGGGAAAACUACUCUCAAGGCUUCUCCUCCAAAGGAAAUCAGUCUACCCAAGGCCAAGUCGGAUCUUCUACCUCUGCUCCAGAAGAGAGUAGCACUGAUGCAAUGUUGAAACAGAUCUUAGAGUCCCAAACUAGAAGUGAGAAGCACAUUGGAUAUGAGCUGAAGAACCUUCACACCAAAGUUGAUGGAAGCUAUAAUGACCUCAGCAACAAGUUCCUACAAAUCUCCUCUCACUUCAAGACUUUGUAG